GUUUCCACGUCGCGAUGUGGGCGCUCCGGGCGGCGAGAGGUUCCCGGCCUGGACCGAUGGGCCUUGGGGCGCGUGUGGGAGCCCGGAGGGGACAGCGCGCGGGCGAGAGGAGGAGUGUGAGAGCGCGGCCGUGAGGCCCCCUAGACCCCGAAGCUGGACCCUGCUGUGACACAUCCACCAUGUGGCUACUCUUUCAUGUCCUCUGGCUCGUUCUGGCCUGCAGCUCUGUUCACACCACCCUAUCAAAGUCAGAUGCCAAAAAAGCUGCCUCAAAAACACUGUUGGAGAAGACUCAGUUUUCAGAUAAGCCUGUCCAAGAUCGGGGUCUGGUGGUGACAGACCUCAAGGCUGAGGAUGUGGUUCUUGAACAUCGCAGCUACUGCUCAGCGAGGGCCCGGGAGAGGAACUUUGCUGGAGAGGUUCUGGGCUAUGUCACGCCAUGGAAUAGCCAUGGUUAUGAUGUUGCCAAGGUCUUCGGGAGCAAGUUCACACAGAUAUCACCAGUCUGGCUGCAGCUGAAGAGACGUGGCCGUGAGAUGUUUGAAGUUACAGGCCUCCACGAUGUGGACCAAGGGUGGAUGCGAGCUGUCAGGAAGCAUGCCAAAGGCCUGCGCAUAGUACCUCGGCUCCUUUUUGAGGACUGGACUUAUGACGAUUUCCGGAAUGUCCUGGACAGUGAGGAUGAGAUAGAAGAGCUCAGCAAGACUGUGGUUCAGGUGGCAAAGAACCAGCAUUUUGACGGUUUUGUGGUAGAGGUCUGGAGCCAGCUGUUGAGCCAGAAGCACGUAGGACUCAUUCACAUGCUUACCCAUUUGGCUGAGGCACUACACCAGGCCCGGCUGUUGACCAUCCUGGUCAUUCCACCUGCUGUCACUCCUGGGACCGACCAGCUAGGCAUGUUCACGCACAAGGAGUUCGAGCAACUGGCCCCGGUGCUAGAUGGCUUCAGUCUCAUGACCUACGACUACUCCACGUCACAACAGCCUGGACCUAAUGCACCACUGGCCUGGGUUCGAGCCUGUGUCCAGGUCCUGGACCCCAAGUCACAGUGGCGGAGCAAGAUCCUCCUGGGGCUGAACUUCUAUGGUAUGGAUUAUGCAGCCUCCAAGGAUGCCCGUGAGCCUGUCAUCGGGGCCAGGUAUGUCCAGACUCUGAAGGACCACAGGCCUCGUGUGGUGUGGGACAGCCAGGCAGCAGAACACUUCUUUGAGUACAAGAAGAGCCGUGGUGGGAGGCACAUCGUCUUCUAUCCAACUCUGAAGUCCCUGCAGGUACGGCUGGAGCUGGCCAGGGAGCUGGGCGUCGGGAUCUCCAUCUGGGAGCUGGGCCAGGGCCUGGACUACUUCUACGACCUGCUUUAAGCUGGGCAGUGGCCCCUAAGCCGACCUGGACUCAAUCUAAGCCAAUGACUUACUGGUGAAAUAUAGGCCUCUGUUCUCUUUACUGUGACACAUCUGAUGUGGUCCUAAGCAGAAGCCACACCCACACAUGGUGGUCUCUGCUCCAGAUGGUCUAGGAUGAGAAUUAGGACCCUUCCAACCCACCACUGGUUGCUGAGGGCCACAUGAGACCAAGACCCACAGCCGUCACUCCCUGGGGCCUGGAUCAGACCUCUUCACUGCUCCACGUGGCCUGUGUUGGAUGUGGGCCUGUAAGACCUGAAGUCAGAGUCAACCACACCUCCUGCUCGCUGCCCUCACCACAGACGUGCACAGGUGCCUGACACCUGUCUCUACUGAGCUUGAUGUAACCAGGCUGUGGGGUCAUGUUGAGAAUUGGCUCAGAGAAGCUGGUCCCAAUUACACAGACCUCUGGCCCCAAA